AUGCCUAAUGGAGGCCAGCAGCAGCUGCCCAAACUCACCUUCUUGGAAGGAAUGAAAAGAAAGAAGAAACAGAGAAAGCUGGAGUUAGGGAAGUCUAUCCGAGUAUCCAAAGAGCACGUGAACGCCGGGCACUGGACCCCUGCGGGAUUGCUGUCCUCGCGGGGAGAGCUCCUCUCCAAACCAGCUGCUGUAACUGUGGCUGCGUGUUACUUAGGAAAACUGCAGAGCGCCGAGCGGAGGGAGCGCGAGAGAACUGCAACCGGAUUUAAGAUCUUGCCCUCCCCGCAGCCCUUCUCUACACCCCCAGGAAAUCAGAUCCUUCGUCCCAAUCUUCUGUGGCUGCUCGCUGGUUCAAGGAUCAGGUUAAGCAUCCUUUACGUGGCGUCUCAGGCCCUCCACGUUCAGGCCCCUGCUCUGCGCACAGGCUUCCACUUCUUGCCAUCUAACCACCUUGUUACAAGGGCUGCCACACUGCUGGACCUUAGUAACUUGAAUGAAUGGAGAGACUUGAACUGGGUUUUCAUUGUCACCAUCAUCAACCUAUCAGGCAAUAUUUCGCGUCCCUCACUGCUGCUAUCACUGGUAUGCCCGCCCCUGUGGGCUUGGCAAAGCCCUGGUGGAGAGCAGCCCCUCCCCCACCUCGCGCUCAGGAGCUCGGGGGAGGACCUGGACACAGCGGGGCUCGGGGUAGGUCUCAAGGCCAGGUGUCCUCCUGGCUCCCAGGUUCACAUGCAUUGGGGGAGGAGCGGCGGAAGAAAAAAGAGAGACUGAAUCAGGGAACGCCCCGUACCUAGAGGGGACCGCGGGCGGCGCCUACUGCGCCUCCCGCCUCAAGGCCAGCAGCCGCCGGGGACCUCGACUUCCUCCUUUGGGGGCCGGCGCGCGGGGCUGGGCUGGGCUGGGCGGGGCGGGCGACGCCUCCGUCGGGCUGGGCUCCCGGCCGCCCCAAUGGGAUUCGGUGCGGGGCCGCGGCUGCGCCCAGUCCCGGCGGCGCGCUCGGCCGCGGAGGAGGCUGCCCGGCCGGGGCAGCGGAGGCUGCGCUGCGCUCCGCGAGGGGAGGCCGAGCGUGCCAAGCUGGCGCCCGGCGGGGCCAUGGUGGCCGGCUCCCGCGGCCUCCUGGCCCUCCUGUUUGUGGUCUCCGCCCCGCUCCGGCUGCAGGCGGGCGAGCUGGGUGAUGGCUGUGGGCACAUAGUGACCUAUCAGGACAGUGGCACCAUGACGUCUAAGAAUUACCCAGGGACUUACCCAAAUCACACGGUUUGUGAAAAGACCAUCAGAGUACCAAAAGGGAAGAAACUGAUCCUGAGGCUCGGAGAUUUGGAUAUUGAAUCCCAGACCUGUGCUUCUGACUACCUUCUCUUCACCACCAAUUCUGAUCAGUAUGGACCGUAUUGUGGAAGUUUGCCUGUCCCCAAAGAACUCCUAUUGAACACGAAUGAAGUCACUGUUCGCUUUGAGAGUGGAUCCCACAUUUCGGGGCGGGGAUUUUUGCUGACCUAUGCCAGCAGUGACCAUCCAGAUUUGAUAACGUGCUUGGAACGCGCUAACCAUUACUUGAAGACAGAAUACAGCAAAUUCUGCCCCGCUGGUUGUCGAGACAUUGCAGGAGACAUUUCUGGGAAUCUGGUGGAUGGAUACAGAGAUACCUCAUUAUUGUGCAAAGCCGCCAUCCAUGCAGGAAUCAUUGCAGACGAGUUGGGCGGUCAGAUCAGUGUGCUUCAGCGCAAAGGGCUAAGUCGAUAUGAAGGAAUCCUGGCCAACGGUGUGCUCUCAAAAGAUGGUUCCCUGUCCGACAAGCGAUUUCUCUUUACCUCCAAUGGUUGCAGCAGAUCAUUGAGUUUGGAACCUGAAACACAGAUCAGAGCUUCUUGGCAGUGGGUCAGUGAGAUAGGAGAAGAGGUUCACUGGUCUCCUGGCCAUGCCCAAGUUCAGGGCCAAGACCUGUCAUGGGCUUCGAGGGACAGUGGCAAGAACCGCAAACAGCGCGAGUGGCUAGAGACUGAUUUGGGAGAGAAAAAGAAAAUAACAGGAAUUAUGACCACAGGAUCCACACAGUCAAAUUUCAACUUUUACGUUAAGAGUUUCGUGAUGAAGUUCAAAAACAACAACUCCAAGUGGAGGACCUAUAAAGGAAUUGCGAGUAAUAAAGAAAAGGUGUUUCAGGGCAACUCUAAUUUUCGGGAUCCAGUGAGGAAUAAUUUCAUCCCUCCCAUCGUGGCUAGAUACGUGCGGGUUGUCCCCCAGACGUGGCACCAGAGGAUAGCCUUGAAAGUGGAGCUCUUUGGCUGCCAAAUCACACAAGGUAAUGAUUCAUUGGUGUUGCACAAAGCAAGUCCAAACACUGUCAGUGCCACUGAAAGAGAAGAUGAGAUGAUCACAAAAUCCGUCCCCUCUCCAGAAGUACCCACAGGAAUAAACAUCACAGCUGUUACAAUUCUGCCGGUACUCCUUGCCCUGCUGCUUGGAAUAGGAAUCUUUGCAGCCUUUAGAAAGAAGAAGAAGAAAGGAAAUCCAUAUGGAUCAGCUAAGGCCCAGAAAACAGACUGUUGGAAGCAGAUCAAAUAUCCCUUUGCCAGACAUCAGUCCACUGAGUUCACUAUCAGCUAUGAUAAUGAAAAGGAAAUGACGCAAAAGUUAGAUCUCAUCACAAGUGAUAUGGCAGAUUACCAGCCGCCGCUCCUGAUCGGCACAGGGACCGUGACCAGGAAGGGCUCCACCUUCCGCCCGAUGGACACCGAGGCAGACAAGGCCGCGCCGGGCGCCGAGGCCGGCAGCCACUACCACUGCCCCCUGUCGGCGGGCCGCCACGAGUACGCCCUGCCCUUGACCCACCCCGAGCCCGAGUACGCCACGCCCAUCGUGGAGCGGCCCGCGGCUCGGGGGCAUACCUUCUCGGCGCAGGGCGGCUACCACGUGCCGGGUCCGGGGCCGGCGCUCGCGCCCUACCAGACGCCGCCGCGCCCCGCGCCCGCCACCGAGCGCCCGGGCUACGAUCAGCCCACCACCGGCAGCCCGGCGGCGGAGCGCGCCCACCGGGACUACCAGGAGCCCCCGGCAAAGCCCGCCGCCUACGCGGCUCCCAGAGACUGCCUCCAACCCCAGAGCCCCACGGCCAUGACCGCUCUCCUGUGAGCACACUGUGACGGCAUCCUGCUGCGGUACAGAGCGG